AUGGAUGGCAAGGAGGUCAGAGAGAUCGAGGAGUUCCACAGGCAGUACCAUCCUCGACUCGCCUGGUCUCCCGACAGCACUCGCUUCGCUGCAGUGUGGAACUGGGAGAAUUGCAAAGAUGGCGGCUUUCAGGUCUUCAGUGCUGCCAGCAAGUCAAUCCUCCCGCCGCGGACGCUUGAGCUUGUGCCCCGGCGCCGGCUUGUUGACUUGGCUUGGUCGUCGCGGAACACCUUGAUCGUGGUAGGCCGUGAGGAGAAGGAAUCUUCUUCGAGGGCCAUCCUGGGGCUGGUGCUGCGCCAGGCGGACGUGGGGCCCUUUGGCGACCAGCUGGGGCUUCCGUGGCGCGCAAACGCUUCAACAACGGAGGACGGCGCGUGCUUUGGCCAACAGCAGGAUAGCUGCCAGGCCCAGGCCACCCACACGGACGUGGGAAUCCGGGUGGAUGCCCGCAACAUCUGGUGGGACUUGCUGCCCUGCGCGGCGGAGCGGAAUAUGCAUGGGAAACGUUGGCUGGAUCUCCGGAACCUUUCGGUGCAUUGGCAUCAGGAGGUGCAGCUGAGGGCCGGGGAGGUGUGUGCAAAGCUGGCGGGGUUCAGGCACCUCCAGGAUCUGCGCCUGGAUUCGCUGCAGUCCCUGCAAGGCACCUGGGCCUGCGACCGGCCUUUGCCCUUCCUACGGCGCAUGGCGCUGCUGGACGCGCAGCAGAUCAGAAUGCUGGACCUCCACCAGUGGCUGGCUUUGCCGGAGUUGAGGGAGCUGGACCUCAGCGGCAGCCAGGUGGCUUUGUUUGGCAGCCCCUUCCGGCCCAGCCGCCUGAGCUUUGUGGCCUUCCGCAGGACCAAUCUCACGGAAAUCCUGCUUCCCGAGGAUGUGAAAACUUCCUGGUGGGCCCUGAAUCUGUCCUUGGACCUGCGGGAGAAUCCGUUUCUGGACCUGCCCUACCCAGUUGCCGCUGAGCCAGAGUGCUGGCAGAUCCUGAAGGAUGCCCAGUGGCGGGUGUGCUUCACCGUCUCGGGCCCGCUUGCAGAGCCUUUGGUGUUGCAGGCCAUGGUUGGCGAGGAUGGCACGCUGGGUGCUCGGGUGCUAGUCGAGAGGCAGCGGCUGUGUGCCCCCGGCAGCGUGUGGCGGAAGGGGAAACGUGGCGGUAGCUGCAGUUUGUGCCCGGACAACACGUUCACCAAUACUGAUUCUCUGAGCCAUCACCAGGAGUGCAGCGCCUGCCCGAGCUCACAGCAGACGCUGGGCCCGGGCAGCACCAGCUGCGUGUGCGAGGCCGGGUACGUGGACAAUGCCUCCAUCUGCUUGCUGUGCUCCGAGCUGGAGGGUGGCGGCGCCUUCGACUGCUCGCAGCCCAAUGUGAGCUUGGCGGCGGUGCCGGUGCAGGAGGGUUUUUGGCGGAGCAGCGCCUCCCUUCACCCCCUGCGCUGCGCGCACCAUGGGGAGGGCCACGCCUGUCGGGGCGGCGCUCCAGGCCAGAUCUGCUUGCCUGGGCACGAGGGCCCUAAGUGUCGGCAGUGCGCGCCCCAGCACUUCCUGCGGAACGGCCUGUGCCGGGCCUGCACCACGGAAGAGCUGAAGCGUGCGCUGACUCCGAAGAUCGCCGUCGGUGUGGUGCUGUCGCUGGCGCUGCCGGGCCUGGCCGCUGGGGCCGUGUGGCGCUUCUGGCCGCGCAAACGUGUUCGCCAAGACUUGCUGCGGCCCCCCGCGGCCUGGGACGCGCUGCGGCCGUGCCUGGUGCGGGAGGUGCUGGCAGCUGUGCAGGUGGUGCAGCUCUUCGGCGUGCUGAGCCAGAUUUUGCCCCAGAAGCAGCAGCGCUCGGAGUCCAAGGUGUUGAGCUUCCUGCAGCUGAACCUGAACCCAGAUAUCAUCACCGACUCCCUGCACCCCGCCUGCUUCCUGGGCUUCACGCGCUCGCGGAUGGCGCACCUGCUGUGCCGGCCGCUGCUGCCGGUCUACGCGCUGGCCGUGCUGUACGUGGGAAUCCGCGUCUCCCAGGCGGACGAAGAGAAGAGGUCGAAGCUCUGGGUGAUGGCGCAAGUGCAGGUCAUCAACCUCCUGCUGGUCAGCACUGUGAGCGCAAUCUUGGCCGUGGGUGAGUGCGACCCGGACCUGGAGCCGCCCAUCAUGGUCACGGUGCCCGAAGUGGACUGCACCACCCGCAGCUACUUUGGAGCAGUCGCCUUUGCCUUGACCUUGAGCUGCGUCUACCUGGGCUACGUGGGCUUCAUGGCCCUCGCGGGUUUGCGGCGUUUCGAGCUCCUCGCAAGGCCGCUCUGGCACCCCGCGCGGCUGUGCUACGCGGUGGCCCAACAGCCCCCGAGGCUGACCAUCUCCUUCGGCGAGGCCAAGCUGCCUGCGACGUUGAAGGCGGCGCUGCUGGAUGCAGCGCAGGUCCAGUGCCGCCGGGUCUUGGACGAGGCGAAGGCCGCCUCUGGGAAGGCCGCGGCGUCCCUCGCCGCGGCCUCGGAGUCCGACGUGGCGGUGCUGGCGCCAGAGGACUUCGCGGAGCGGCGGGUGCUGGGCAUCAGCGAGGAGGUGGCAGCGGAGGGGCAGGAGGCCAUGGAAGACUUUCUUGAGGAGCGGUGCUGGCGGAGGAGCGGGAACUACGAGGAGUUCCAAAGCCUGGCCGUUCACCACCUCUUUCAGCACUACGAGCGCCAAAACCGUGAAGGCAUGCUGCGGGGCAUGGAAGUCUUCACGAAGUUCAAUCCGAGCAGCUUCCAUUUCCUGCUUUUGCUCAAGGCGGGGGUGGUGCUGGUGGCCUACGUGCCGCAGCUCUCCGAUCACAAGUCUCAAGGAGCAGUGGGCAGCUUCGUCUGCGGCAUUCUGUGCAUUGCGCUGUUGGGGCGGCCCUUCGCGCGGCGCAGCGAGGGGGUCACGCUGCUCUUCGGCUUGGCAGCGCUGGGCUUGGCCUUUCUGCUGCUGAUGGUCUCCGAGAGCCAUCUCAAUCUGCGCGGGGAGGAGCAGCUGAGUCGGGGCCUGCAGCUGGCGCGGCUGCUGCUGCUGGUGCCGCUGCUGCGGCUGCUGCGGCCCUUCGGCUGCCUGGUGAGUCAGCAGCUGCUGAGGUCCAACGUUGACGUGAACCAGGAGCUGGCGCUGCUGCAGGUGUCCUGGCAGCACGUGCCGCGGGAGUCGCGGCAGGUGCUGCGUGUCAGGGAGCCGGCGGAGCUGGGCAAGGUGGCGCUGCCGUGCGGGUCCGUGGUGCUUCCGCUUUGCGCGCUCGAGGACAGCGUGAGAGUGGAGUAUCAGAGUCCCGAGGGGCCCAUCGUCGGCUGGCUGCCGGUGACCCUCUUGGCGCCCCAGCCGGUGGAGCUGAACGACCUGGAGGAGCACAUCCUCUGCUCAGAUCGUACCGGCACAGAUGGACUGAAGGUCUCCAUCCACUUCGGUCGCGCCGUGGACCUCAGCUGCCUGGAGCUCUGCGCGAAAGGCGGAAACGACGCAGCGGAGGUCACCUGGUCUUUGACGUCGCAGGCGGGGGAGAAGAGCGGCUCGGAGACCAGAACCACCACCCUAAAGGGCCGGGAGUUCCUGCAGUACCACCUGCACUGCGGCGUCACCCGCUGCGAGGUGCUGGUCCGAGGCGCCGACCGCGGAUUGCAGCUGCGGCUGCUGGGCGCAGUCUCGAGUUAUGCCUGA